GAACAGUAGUCAUUCGUGUCGCUCUACCAAGCCAAGUGAGUUAUUUAUGCACGUUUUUUUUAAACAUCAUGUUCUCCCUGAAGUGAACAAACGUGUUUGUUUUUUGUUAAAAACAGAAAAGGAUAAUUGGCCAUGAUGAACAGGAAAGGAGACAAGUGCGUAAAGAGUGCGCCUCGGAGCCAGAACCCAUCCAAGGUGUCCCACUCCCAGCAAGAAACCACCCAAAAGAGGAAAAAAGAUUCACCGACAUCUAUAGACAGCCACAAUUGCAGUCAGGCAAGAGGCAUAUCGACAGGUAUCCGUGGUCCUGGUAAAGAGGGGAAAACUACGGCAAAACGUCCAGGAAGUCUGUCAACAAGUGCGGUGACAGAGUGUCUGAGGAGCCCUGCUGCUCAAAGAAAACUCUCGGAUGCCAGUAAUGCCUCCGAGGACCUGAGCAAAGACUCUGGAUGCUUGUCGGGGAAACUCUCCUCCGACAGCAGCUCGGAAAUAUCCGAUUGUACAUCGGAAGGCAACAAGCGCGACUCUCCCGUCAUCGACACCGAAUUAAACUGGACAGACGGGAGAGCUUACCAGAGCGCGACCACUGACAGCAGAGACAACAGUAAAGUGUGUGCCAAACCAGCGGGGACCACUUGCUGUCCACCUAUGGAUACUCGUGGAGGGGCAAUGACUUUGUACAACUCUUCAGGAACAUUUAUGCAUCUCAUGAUGGCAGAAACAAGGGAGGACCUAGUCAAGGAAGUGGACGAUUUGAGGUCAGAGAACGAGUAUCUGAGAGAUGAGGUGGAGGAAUUGCGCUGUGAGAUGCUGGAAAUGCGUGACAUGUUCCAGGAGGAGGAGGCGUGCCAGCUGCAUGACCUGCGGCAGCAGCUGGAGCAGGCCAACAAGACCUGCCGCAUCUUACAGUACCGCCUUCGUAAGGCUGAGCGCCGCAGCAUACGAGUGGCCCAGACCGGGCAGGUGGAUGGCGAACUGGUCAGGACCCUAGAGCAUGAUAUCAAGGUUGCAAAGAGUGUGUCCCUGCGACUGUACACUGAGCUGGAGGCGGUGCAGAAGAAGAACAGCCAGUUGGAGUGGGAGAAUGAGAUGCUACGAGAGAAGACACAGGAGCUGGAGGUGGCCAAGCACGUCUUGCAGGCUGAGUUGGAGAAAGCCAGAGAAAGCUGUUUGAAGAAGAGAAGCAUCAGAUCAGCAGCCAAUAAAGCCGAGAGGAGGCUCUCUCAACAGAUUGAGGAUGACAAUGAUCUCAAGUGCCAACUCCACUUUGCCAAAGAAGAAUUGGCUCUCAUGUGCAAGAAGCUCACCAAGUUGGUAUCAGAGAGCGAGGGCAUGCACGAGCAGCUGGCCAGGUACCAUUCACUGUAUGGCGACAUUGAUGCCGCCCAGUCACCUGAAGGCAAACAAAGGUCCGCCCAUGCCAGGGAAGCAGAGGUCAAAGUUCACUUGAAACUGGUGGAAGAGGAGGCCAUGCUCCUGAGUCGCCGCAUCGUAGAGCUGGAGGUGGAGAAUCGUGGGCUGCGUGCGGAAAUGAAUGACCUCAGAGAGAAAGAAGGAGGAGCAGAUGAGGAGGGAAAUCGGAAUGUUUCGGAGGAACAUGUGUCUCCUUCCACUUUGAGGAAGAACAGAAAGCAAAGAUGUCAGAGACUGAGAAGUGCUAUGCAUGAGAAGGAGCAGGACGAAAAGGCAGCUCAGAGUUUAGUCGAGACAUCUUCACUCUGUAGUCAAUCACAGACUGAAGGGCAGAUUCCUUCUUGUCAGGUCACAAGAGAAGGUCCUGUAGGUGGCGAGUGGGAUCCAUCAGAGAGCAAAAGCAAGCAAACACCUGACAACAACCUGAAAGGAAUGACUGUAAACGAUUUUACAGCUCUUGUAGCUCUCAGAGAUCAUGCCUGUGUGUUUAGCUCAGCAAUCCAGUUCAUGACAACUCCAUCCAAAACUGGCCAUUGCUCAUCUCCCUCCGGGUCUUUAAAUGAGGCACUAGAACUACUACAGGCCAUGCUGCAAGCUUUUAUCAUAAGGAUGGAGGUGCUUCUAAUGGACCAAAAAUAUCCUAGCAAAGACAGUCAGGUUUGGGAUUUCAAUCGAGACAUGUACAGUCAGUGUCUCAUAGAGUCAGCAAGAGAGCAGGAACGUGUUCAUGACCACCAUACUGUGGAGUCUGAGAGACCAGAAGAAAGGACAAAAGAGUCUCCGUCCAAAUCUGACCUCGUCCACAGCUGCAGGGAGCCAAAGCUGCAAUUGUCCUUGCAGAUUCUGUGGAUUCUCCACCAGUGGUGUCAAGAAGGGAAAGAGGCUAAAGUCAAAACCUUGUCUGUGUUGCGGGGUUUGUUGCAAAGCCUUGGUACUGAGCUCCAGGAGGAAACACUUGACAGCAAGGCCAGUGUGGUCCACAAGGCAGUAACUGAGUGUGCUGUCAGUGGUAUUGUCAAUGAUGAAAGACCCUCUGAUGCUGUCAGAAUGUGCAGUUCAGUCAUGGAGAGACUUAAGCGGCAACUUUCUCCACGUUCCUACAAGAGGAAAGACUGGUGUUAUCUGAGCAAGCAGGCUGCCCAACUAGACCGGGAGGACCCUGUUAAGACGUGGGACCAUCUAAUCAUGCCGCUUAGCUUCCCUGAUCUUAACUUUGAGCAGAUGUCCAUGGAGAGGAGCCACACUGCUCCAGAGAAGUCAACCCUCCGCAUUUACUUCAGCCCCCCUUCAAAGCGCAGAGUCCAGCUGGCUCAGCUGAAGCAAAGCCCAGAAAGUGACCGAGAAUCUGUCGACACGCAGUCUCCCUGGUGCACGCCGCCGACCUCCUUUUCACCGCUCUGUGUGGGCUCUUCAGCGAACCUGAGUGAUGACAUGAAAGAGAUGGCGGCAGGCUGGAGGCAAGCGGGUCACAGCAGCUCACAGGUGAACAGAACGAGACUAGUGGGUCAGGGCGUAGAUGUGGCCUGCUCUGGUACGCACAUGCACAUGAGGCCACAGAUGGUGAGUGUUGGCCUGCAGACAGAAGGACUAGGCCCCACCACUGUGAGAAACAGUCCCUCACGGGUAGUCAACUCCUCUUUGGUGUCUCCCCGCUGUCGUCAUAUCUCCACCUCAUUGGACAGACUAACAAGCAGAACCGACAGGCCCAGACUUUCUACCUCGUCCCCUAAAUUGUACCGAAGUCAGUCUGCAUCUGGUGCAUCGUCGGGGGUGCCAUCCUCUAAUUUGAGCUCCUCGCCUGCAUCUGCCUCACGGGAUCGAAUAUCAAAUGGGUUUCAUCAAAGACACUCUGGCCUUGAGCUGGCCCGCCAAACUAGUCCCAGAGCUGCUGCAGGACAGAACCGCAGCCCUCCUCGCAAUGAGCAUACAGGUCAGAGCCUCAAGCCCCCCAACAAAUCCGCUGGGGGUCUGGUCACUGAGUUCCUGCGCAGGGUGAGUGGUCGGGCAGAAAAAACGGUACCAGGGUCGGGCCAGAAGAUGAAAAGCAACCUGGAGCGUGUUCCCACGAGGCCAUCUACUGCCUCACUAUCGAGGAGCGACAGCGUAACAAGGAUCGUCAACCACAGGUUCAUGAAGCAGAGGGAGGAGAUCAGUGGAGCCCAGCGUGAGGAGAAAAGGAGCACUGGGAGUAACAGUGUAACACACAGCCUGAGCUCCCUCAUGGCAGAUGAUGGAAACUAUGACUGCAGCUCCAGCAGCACCCUGACCUUCUGCUUUGCUCGUCCAUUUCGUUCUACCCCGAGACAAACGUCCAACCAGAGCAAAGUCCUUCGAUACAGAUACCAGACUGCAGCGAGUGCGGCUGCUGAAUCUAGCUGUGAGUGAAGGACGUUCAGCCGCUGAUCACGCCACACAGCUCAGUGCAGUCAGGAUCACAAUGGAAAUGUCUUCACAGACAGGAUGGUGAUGAAAUAGACUUUCUGUGUGUUUAGGUGCACUGUGUUUUAUUUUCUUUGUGGUACAAUUCAUGUCACUCGUCAGUUUUCUACUUCCUAAAUGACAGUACAAAGUUUGAGAACCCCUUGUUUUAUUCUGUAUUUAUUUGCGCAUCCAUCAAUUAAUGUCUUAAUACACCUUUUUAGUCUAUACAAAUAAUAUUUUUAUUUCCUCAUUUUAUCAGCCUCUUGAUCUUCUCUUGACCUUUAAUAUCUGUUCACUUGGACACCAAUAUGCUGCUUUUUUUGUGCGGUUCCCACAAUGCAGGUGUGAAAAACCUGACUGGUGAUUGUGUUUUUGCUGACAGUCUGCCAGAUGUCUCCACUUCCACAAUUCCCUCGGUGUCCAGGAGACCUUUUGAUGCUUUAUAAAAACCACCUUGCUUUGACAAUCCAUCUAGUUAUUCUUUUAGAUGGCUUGCAUGUCCCCUGACAUGAAUUUGGGUUAGCACAAAUGUCCAUGAUAUCAAACACACACAUACAAUAUGUAAUCUACAUCAGCGGUCCCCAACCUUUUUUGACCCGCAGACCGGCUCGUGUUCCCACAAAUCUCCAGCCUGGAGUUCGUUUUUCAGUGAGAGGAUUAUUACAAGUGAUGGAAAUUUCAGCUCUUUUUAGAGAGCCGUUUCUUUUGGCUCGGCUCGCCAAAAAGAGCCAGCUCUUUCGGCUCCCAAGGGGCUCCUCGGAUUUUUUUGUUGUCUUAAAUUAAUUUACUACCAAAUUAUGUGUAUUGUGUACUAUGAAUUACCAAUGUAAAAAAAUACACAAUGAUAUAAAAUUGUAAAAUAUUAUUUUAUAAAAACAAAGACACAUCUCAAUAGACAAAUUAGGUAAAAAUAGGUCCAAUCGCUGCAUGCAAAUUUCUCACGAGCGGAUCGGCUCUCAGAGCACCACGGCGUGUUUCACCCUGCCCCUACCCCGCUCAGUGUGGGCACAGCGGCGCCGCCACACAUCCUGACCAAUGACAUUCGCCUUUAACAGGAAAAAAAAAGAGGAAAAAAACUAAUCGGCUCCCAAUUGGCUCCCGACGCCUGUCGUUUCAUUUCAAAGAGCCGGCUCUUAGAGCCGAUUCGUUCGCGACCGACACAUCAGUAAUUAUUACGUUGCUGUUUGAUGGGUGUGGUAAAAGGCAGUGUGCCAGCAUGGAUUAACUUCAGGUCGUAUACCAACAAGCACAUUAGCACUCAAUAACAUCAUCAAAACUUACCUUUAUGCAUUCCCACAUAGUAUCAGCGUUUGAUACCAAAUAUGAGGUGAAAGAAAAAUGGUAAAAAUACAGUAUAGUAGUCAAUGCAGUGUGGGAGAAAGUUAGCACACUCACAAUGGUGCGUUCAAGGACCGUCGAUCAAAGUGGAUAGAUCGCCGCUCGCAACAAACAACAUAUAGCUGUAAAAACUAUGUAAUUUGUAACUAUAUAAUUUUUAAAUAAAACAAUGGCCCAUAUUUCCAAAAUUCAUAUGCAUUUACAUCAAAUUUGAUGUAGUUAUUGUUGUGGACGGCAGAAGAGAUCGAAGAGAUCUCUACCUAAGCAAGCCCGCCUUCAAUUAAAGGAAGUGCUUUUUAUCGACCAUGAGCAAGCAAGCACAGAAUAAAACCUACUACAACUACGGCUCUAGGGAGGCCGGUCUGUUCAGCGUAACUAUCUAUUCUGAUCAAUAGUGACUCUGUUAUAUAAAAGCACAGUACAUAUACUGUAAAUCUGCUGGCCCUAACAUCUAAUAAGCUGGAUUUCUAUUCUACCUGGUUGGUCUCAAAAACACAUUUAUUUACAGUGGUUGAAUCUGGUCUUGAUCCGUAGAAUGGUGAUCCGGGUCGUCAGGAGCAUCAGCUUUUGGCCCAAAUAACUAUGUAAAUGCAAUUACAGGUCUUGUUCUUCUAUGACCUAGGGUGAGAGGUUACCAGCACAUCACAUGUCCUUGGAAGCUAACAGUGAGUCUUCUGUUGUCUUCUGUACUUCAUCAGAUGCCAGAGGUUGAAAAGAUGGUGCCUCAGGAUUCAGGGCAGGGAUUGGGUCAUUGUUCGUUGAAGUCAAGUUGUCGGUACACCAUCGCUGUGGUUUGGGAGCUGGAGCGCCUUGAGCCACAGUUCUGGAGUGGUUGGUCGGCUUUUGUCACGAACCCGGGCAGAAAAACCAACACAUAGACUCUUAAUUUGAUCAAAAUACCACUUUGGUUUGACUUCCAUUCCACUAGAGAGUGGAGCUGCUGGUCCAGGGAAGGGCUGUCCUGUAUGAAACUCAUAAGGGGAAAAACUGGUGUUAUUGAUGGACAUUCAAAUUCAUUUUGGUCUGCGCACAGAUUUUUGCCAAUUUGUUUUUGAUGUUGUGAUUUUCUCGCUCAACUUUGCCUUGGGAAUGAGGAUGAUAUACAGUCCCAAACUUGUGUUGUAGCCCAAGGGCAGCUUCCAUCUGAGCUAGGUGUUGACUUUUGAAGUGGCUGCCGUUAUCUGAUCGAAUCUUUUUGGGAAACUUUGACUUACAAACUUUCCGCCAGACUCCUAAUGCGGUAUUAUUGAAAAAGGCUCUGCUUUCAAUGUUGGUACAGUGUAUGAGUCUGUCGGGAAGGAUGCAAGAGAUGUCCAAUCCUCAAAAAAGUGUCAUCCCGGACGAGCCCCCAAAUUGUUGUGGACGACAGUCUGAAAAACACUUGAAUGAAUUAACCUCAAUGUCCACGUCGCGGCAUAAAAGACGUCCUAGGAGGAUGACUAGAACAUGUUCCUACCUCAAGCAAGUCACUGCUGACCUUAUAACAUACUAUGAAUUGAUCUAUUGUCUUUCAACCAGGGGGGUCAUGGGAGGUGACUUUGUAAUGCACAAUAUUUAUUCACAUUUGCGCAAAGUUUAACACUUAUAUGGACUAUGACUUUCAUAUGGUCUUUUGAAGUUAAACAGUAAAAAAACAGUAAAAAGCAAAAUGUCUUCAACUGUCUUCACUUUGCUCAUCACCAGCUUUGAGGACGCUUGUUGUGACACAUGUUAAAAAAUAAAAACUAAGUGCUAAGUAGUUAACAAGAUUAUACAUGACUUCAUUACUAUCCCUUUCUCUGAAGUGUGACUAAUUCCUCAGUCAUGUAACCAGCCAACACACUAAAUAUAGCUGCUCUAACAUCACAAUUCUGACAACAAUUCAUUGAUAUUUUACAUAUUGAAAUCGAUAUUCAAUAAGUUUGUGAAUCUGUGGGAGAUGCACUGGCCAAGCACAAGCCCAGACUAAUGUCAAAAGCUAGCAGUACUACCUCCGGCUGCAAGGGGGCACUACACUGAUAAGGCUGACCUUUUAGCAAGUUCCGUUGCUCUUUAAGUGACGUUGUUGAUGCCUAAUAUGGUGGUGCCGGAUGUGCGACCUUCUUCAAUAUGGCGACCGUUUGGGAAAUACAAACAAAUUCCGGGUGUUGUAGAGAUGGAUUCUGUUUUCAUAAGGUUUGAUUCCUAUAACUUCGAGGCGGAUCAAAGGUUUUUGAAUGGCCUACAGACAUUACACUGCGACUCGAGGGAAGGAAGUCAACUACUGGAAGCAAAACUCUUUUUUUUUAACAGGUUUGUUGAGCCCAUAGACCCCAUCAGCUACAAGCAGUGGUCCAGCUCUGGUUUCAAUCACAUGACUCAAACAGCCCGCAGCAUUGAGCCUUCAGCUUGGGGUGAUGCUGAAAGACAAACAGCUGAGAAGUCUGAGGAGUCGCAGGAAAAGCAGCUUUCCUUUGCUGAGGUGAUGCGACUGAUUCACGAAGGAAAAGAAGUUCCUGGGGUGACAAAGCAGGACAUACAGGCAAGCAACCAGACUGAAACUCCAUCGCAAAUGGAAAGAAUACUUAAGCCCUGGGAGGUAGUGUCAUUGUCCAAAUGAUUUCAUUCACUGUGGUGUGUCAUGUAUAUAUUUUUUAUUAAAACCAAUCAUUUCUCAUGUAAAAUUGUGAGCAUGCAAAAUCAAAUGGUACAAAAUGCAUGCAUGCAAAAAGAAGGUUCAAAUAAAGGAUUAAAAGGCAG